UUAAAUAUUAAAUUUAUUUAUUCUCUGCGAUGUUACAUUAAUAUACAUUGAGAUCAAUUUAUUGUCAAAACUUAGAUGAACAAAAUUGGUCGAUGAUAUUUUCGCACUUCAACUAAAAAGAGCAAAUCUAUAAACACCAUUUGGAAGAAGUAUUUUUGAGGUUAUCUACUGAUCACAUGUUGGGUAUGAAAUCGUCGAACCGAAAGCGAGAGGAUCAUGUUUGACAUAUGGCAUAAUUUAUUUUGCAAUUUUACGGAUAAAAGCAAGACAUGAAUCGAAUAUUUUUUCUAGGAAUAUAGUCGUGCAAUAAAUAUAGGACACAAAUAUAUUUGUUAAGAUGAAGCUAGUAUCAAGGAAUGUAGAUAAAGAUGGAGAAGGAAGUGUGGCUCUUGUUCCUGAAAAUACAGAGGAUAUGUGGCAUGCUUAUAAUCUCAUUAGCGAAGGAGACUUUGUAAGCUGUUCUACUAUUAGGAAAGUGCAAAUGGAAUCUGCAACCGGUAGUUCUAACAGCUAUAGAGUUAGAACUACUCUUAAAAUAAGUGUAGAGAAUAUCGACUUUGAUACACAAGCCUGUGUUCUAAGACUUAAAGGUAGAAAUGUGGAAGAAAAUAAAUAUGUUAAGACAGGAGCAUAUCAUACACUUGAUGUAGAGCAAAAUCGAAAGUUUGUCAUUACCAAAGCUAAAUGGGAUUCGAUCUCUUUGGAAAGAGUUGACACUGCUUGUGAUCCUGCACAGAAUGCUGAUGUAGCUGCUGCUAUUAUGCAGGAAGGUAUAGCACACAUUUGUUUAAUAACAUCCAACAUGACAAUAGUUCGUGCAAAGAUCGAUCAAGUUAUACCAAGAAAGAGGAAAGGAAAUGUUUCACAACAUGAAAAGGGCUUGACACGAUUUUACGAAAGCAUCAUGCAGGGUAUAUUAAGACACAUCAAUUUUGACUUGGUGAAAUGUGUUAUUCUCGCCAGUCCAGGUUUUGUGAAAGAUCAGUUUAUGGAUUAUAUGAUACAACAAGCUGUUAAGUCCGAUAAUAAACUUAUUUUAGAGAACAAAAGUAAAUUUCUGCUAGUUCAUGCUAGUUCGGGUUUCAAACAUUCAUUGAAAGAGGUAUUGGGUGAUCCUACUGUAAUAUCUCGAAUUUCUGACACUAAAGCAGCAGGAGAAGUGAGGGCUCUAGAAGCAUUUUAUACCACUCUACAGAUUGAUCCUGCUAGAGCAUUUUAUGGCAAAAAACAUGUUGAGAAAGCUGCUGCCGCUCAAGCAGUUGAAACCUUGCUUAUAUCAGAUAAAUUGUUUAGAUGCCAAGACAUUGCGCUAAGGAAGGAAUAUGUGGAAUUGGUCGAAAAUGUCAAAGAUUCAGGUGGCGAUAUCAAAAUAUUUUCAAGCCUGCAUGUUUCGGGUGAACAAUUAGAUCAGUUGACUGGGAUAGUAGCUUUAUUACGUUUUCCCAUGCCAGAGUUAGAGGAUGAGAGCGAUGAUGGUAGCGAUUCGGAAAAUGAUUAGAAGAGUUAGUGACAUGUUACUAUGCAAUUUUGUAUAUACUUAUGUUGUGCGCAGUCAAAAGAUAUUAAUAAAAGAGAAUGAUAAUCUUUGUAUUUAUUUCACAAA